AUGCGCAGCAAGGUCCUCAUCGUGGACUCUGGCAUCUCUGGCUUUGUUCUCUCCAUCACUCUCGCCGACAUCGGCGCCGAGGUCGCGAUUCAUGAGCGACUGCGGGCCCCCGAACGCCACAAUCACCGCCGCCCGUGGGUCAUGUUUGACCGUUCGGCCAUGGACAUACUUCGAUCCGUAGACCUCGCUGAACCGGUUGAGUUUGUCAGUGAGGAGAUCAAAUCUAGGCCAGAGAGCAAUGUCGAGAGUGGAGGGAUUGGUUUGGAGGUGAUUCCCAACCCGGCACGACCACGACGGGUAGUGGAAGACUCUCUUCUCCGCGCCUUUGCCUACGAAGCGUGCCGCCGGGGAGCGACAGUUGUACCCGUGCGCAGCCUCCCCGUCAUGAGCCGCCCAGAGAACCACAAUACUCGAACAUACUUCCCCACUCGCACCUGGGAUGGCGGGAGACCCGAUCUCGACAACGAGUUGAAGGAGGCCAAGACCAUCGGCGACGGUCGUGUCGAGGUGACCUGGGCGAACGGUACCACGUCAACGGCCGACGUUCUCAUCGCAGGCGAAUCGGUCAUGGCACGAGAACACACCUCGACGUUCUGGCGCAGACGCUCUGUCAAGCCUGUACCAUGGUACAACGAUAAGAACAUGCUCAUCUUUGGCGACAGCUCCAUGGGACAGUUGAUGCCUGUCAAGGAUGCCAUCCGACUGGGCCAUUGCAUGCGCGACUUCGUUUCAGUGUCUCGCGCCCUUGCCAAGUUUCGACGGGGAUAUCAACCAACGGAGCCACAUACAUUCGAUCCCAACGCGACCACCACAUCUUUCUGGACUGCCCACAGCCACUUAUCAUAA